AUGUCAGACCUGAAGACUGAGGCUGUCACUGCCGCUCAGCCUCGUGACAGCGAGUCACAGCAGAAUGUAGUCGUUUCGGAAAAGAAAGGCACCGCCGGCGACCAGCAGGAUAUGCAUCGUAUGGGUAAGCAGCAGGAGCUGCGACGCAACUUCCGGUUUGUGUCGAUCUUUGGCUACAGCAUGGUGUUGAUGGCGACAUGGGAAACUAUAUUAACAACUCUGAUCAUCCCAUUGACAAAUGGUGGUACUGGCGGGGCUAUUGUCAUGUUCCUCGUCACAGCAGUAUGUAUGGGAUUUGUCAUUGUCUCAAUGGCCGAGAUGGCUUCAAUGGCUCCUACUUCCGGAGGACAGUACCACUGGGUAUCUGAGUUUGCACCAAAGAAACAUCAGAAGUUUCUGAGUUACCUUGUUGGCUGGCUCUGCGUGCUGGGUUGGCAGACUGGAAUCGCGUCCAUCGCCUUCCUCGCUGGCGGACAAAUCCAGGGGCUCGUCAUCCUCAACAACGCAAACUACGUCCCCGAGCGAUGGCAUGGUACCCUCUUAGUCAUUGCGGUAGCGACUUUCUCGAUUCUCUUCAACACGCUACUCGCCCGUAAGCUGCCACUGGUUGAGGGCAUCGUCCUGGUCCUGCAUAUUUUCGGUUUCUUCGCUGUUUUCAUCACCAUGUGGGUUCUAGGGCCCCGCAGCCCGUCAAAAGAGGUGUUUGGUGGUUUCCAAGACAACGCGGGAUGGGGCAGUAUAGGUUUGUCUGUGCUGGUAGGACAGCUAUCGCCCAUCUUUUCUCUUCUGGGUGCUGAUGCUGCGACACACAUGUCUGAGGAGUUGAAGGACGCAUCGCAUACACUUCCCCGCGCCAUGAUAUGGACAGCGGUCGUAAACAGCAGCCUGGGUUUUCUCAUGCUAGUAACCUUCUGCUUCUGCCUUGGCGACGUGGAAAGCGCCAUCUCAUCGCCAACAGGACAGCCCCACAUCCAGAUCAUGUACAACGCUACACAGUCGGUCCCAGGUGCGACAGCUCUUGCUUCGAUUACGACCAUUAUGGCGGUAUUUGGUUGCGUCAACAACGUGGCGACGUGCUCGCGCCAGCUCUUCGCAUUUGCUCGCGACCAUGGCGUACCCUUUAGCGCUUUCUUGUCUGAAGUUCGUCCAGGUUGGGAUAUCCCCCUCAACAGCGUUCUCGUCUCCUUUGCUAUUGCCAUCGGGCUGUCCCUCAUCAACAUCGGCAGUACUGUAGCGUUUAACUCGGUGGCCUCGCUAGGCACCUGCGCUCUCCUGUCUUCUUACAUCGUCAGUAUCUCCUGCAUGUUUGUCAAGAGGUGGAACGGCGAACCUCUCCUUCCGUGCAAGUUCUCGCUCGGCCGCGCUGGAAUCUGGAUCAACGGUAUAUCUGUCGUGUACCUGUGGGUGGCAUUGGUCUUUGCCUUCUUUCCUACAUUCCCGAACCCAAAGCCCGACCUGAUGAACUGGAACAUUCUCAUAUACGGCGUGGUCGUGGUAUUCUCGCUUGUAUACUUCUUUGUUAAGGGGCGCAAAGUGUACGUCGGGCCUGUCGAGUACCUCAACAAGGAUCUUUAA